UAAUCGACAGCUUUUCAUCUUCGCACUUUCUCCUCGAGGCCAUCUCGUUUUCCUUGUUCUUUUAUUUCUCUGAAUCUCUAUUAGACUUUCUGCAAUAUGGGUAACGGUGCAAAAGCAGCGCAGAAAAGAGAGCGGAACGCUAAGAAUACAGACAAAACGCAGACCAGCCAGAAGAAAAGCAACGAGGCGGCGAAAUCCAUCAUUUGCUCUACUUGCAAGCAAGCCUUUUUCGUUACUACCCGCCAGCCUGCAUUGGAAGAACAUGCCCAGAACAAACAUUCAAAGGCCAUAACCGAGUGUUUCCCUAAUUUUGGCAAAUGAUGAUUCCGUGAUACGUGUGGGCUUUAUUUUUUGGUUUAGAGGCGGGUAGUUAUUGAUUAUUGGGUCAUGUCAUUAAUAAGCUUGAAUAGACCGGUGU